GCUCAGCAGCAGCCAGCAUCAGACUCAGCCUCAGCCUCAGCCUCAGCUACAGCAAGGAUUAAGGAUUAAAGUUCAAGGAAAAUGAAAGUGUUUGCCAUCGCUUGUGUUACCUUGUUGGCGGCUGCCAGCUGCGCCUGGGCCGCUCCCAGUGUCCAAGAUAAUAGAAUCGAAAGUGAUAACACGCUCGGCAGGGCCGCCCGCUACUUGGGCGCCUGCUUGGAGAGCGAUGACAUGGCCACCUGUCUAGCUGUCAAGGGCAUCACGGCCCUCAACCGUGCCGCCAGGAGCAACAACAUUGAGCUGGCCAGCGGCAUCACCUUCCAGAGAGAUCCCGCCAGUCCCGUGCAGCGCAGCGGCAAGGCCCUCAGCGAACAGGAUAUCUACGCGGAGCUGCCACAGAGCGCCGAGGACCGCAAUGGUCGCCUCGUCGAUCUGGCCAUCUCCAGCGCCACCGAGUUCCUGUCCACCCACAACUUGGAGUUCAAGCUGCCCACGGAGACCACACAGCAGGUGGCACGCGCUCUCGAUGAAGGUCGCGGCAAGAUCAAGAAGAUGAUUGGUCCCCUGGCUCUGGCUAUUGGCGCCAAGCUGUUCGCCGUCAUUCCAUUGGUGUUGGGCUUCCUCGCUCUGCUGACCUUCAAGGCUGUGAUCGUGGCCAAGAUUGCCUUCUUCCUGGCCAUCCUCGUCGGCGGCUCCCGUCUGCUGGGCGGCUUUGGCAACAAGUUCGGCGGCAGCUCCUUCGGCGGUGGCUACAACUCGAACGCCUGGUCUGCCCCGGCCAGUGCUGGCUGGAGCUCGGGCGCCUCCUCCUCGUAUCCCUAUGCGCGCAGCAUCAGCGAGGAGCAGGUCGAUGCCCAGCAGCUGGCAUACGCCGGCCAGCAGCGGUAGGAAGGAGAGUCAGGAGCGUCAGAAGAGUAGCCGUGGUGCCACGAAUGUGCCUUUGUUUCCCCCUAGCAUGUAGUAAUUUAUUCAAAGAGUAAUUAACUAAUUUAUUGUACCACAAGAGACAGUCGAACACACACAGCAAGAGAAAUAGUCAUUAUGAAUGUUUGAAUAAAACUAAAAGUAUUUCCUCAA